AUGAAAUUCGCUUAAGUUACAGCAGGUGCGUUUUCAUCCGGGAAAAUAGUGAAGGUUGAACAUUAUAGUUACAAUGCGAAUGAUUAAAUUGGAUCAGGUUUCAGCAGUCAAGUGUUCAAAGGCAAAAAUGAGAAUACAAAUGAGACCGUUGCGAUAAAAAUAAUUGAUCGAAGUAAAAUUACAAAUGAAGUUGAAGAGUUCUUAUUGAAUUAAGAGAUUCGAGCCUUGUCACUAAUGAAUUCAGAUAAUGUAGUAAAAAUGUUUGAUUAUUAUCACAAACCCCAAUGUACCUACAUUAUCACUGAAUAUUGUAAUUAAGGGAAUCUGGGACAACUAAUCAAAAGAAAAUAGAGAAUUGAUGAAAUAGAGGCAAUCAAAAUAAUGAAGCACAUAGUAAAUGGCUUUAAGGAAUAAGUAACUAAAGGAGUAAUUCACAGAGACUUGAAGCCAAUAAACAUUCUCAUACGAAAUGGAAUUCCUAAAAUAGCAGAUUAUGGAUUCUCAAAAAUGAUGAAUGCACCACCUGAAAAAAUCUACUAUAAUGUAGGUACAGCUUUGUACAUGUCUCCAUAAACAAUGAUUAAAAAUAUUUAUUCUGAAAAAACUGACAUCUGGAGUUUGGGAAUCAUAUUCUAUGAGAUGCUGUAUGGCGAAGUUCCCUUUUCAGCUCAGAGUGAAAAAAACUUGGCUUAAGUGAUGUUAAAAACUCAACCAUAAUUUCCACCAAAUAUCCCAGUAUCAAAAGAAACAAUAGAGUUCAUUUUAAAAUGCCUAUCAGUUGAUGAAUCAUUAAGGUUCUCCUGCAGUGACCUAGAACACCAUCCCAUCUUCUAUCGUAGACAUACUAUGACUGCACCUCGCCCUAUAGCAGAUAGAAAUCCAUCUGUUAAAAAUAGAGAAAAUUACUCUCCUCAAAGAACCACAGAAUAUCAUCAUGCUCGCAAAAUUAAUUUCAUUGCUUAAACUGCUAUGCCUUAAUCUGCUUUAAAAAGUAGAGAGAGUGUCAGAUGUUUGACUUAGAAUGACGAAAUCAUACAAGCUUAAUUCCAAUUUAUUGAAUUGAUGUUCAGAAUUCUAAGAAUACUCGACAAAUAGUAAGUUCUUAAUUAAGAUUUGCAAAUCAAAUUAAAAUUCUUGAUCAUUAAAAACAUGUUCUUUAAGACUAUAUUGUUGAGAGAAGUAGUUGAAAAAAAGAAGAAUGUCUUACAAUUAAAUGAAUUUGAUACCUACAUCGAGACUGUUGGAAAAUACUAAACUUAAGUCCACGAGCUCUAUCAAAUUUCUAAAGAAUAUCAUGAUAAAUAAUAUUAAAUGAUUGAAAACAAUCAAACCCUUAAGCAAUCUGUGCUCAGAGAUCGAAGCUUUCAAAAAAUAUACGAAAACUUCAAGUCUGUAACUGAAAGCUAUGAAUUUUAUUUACUCUUCAGUACAUUACUAUAGAGAUGCAUACGAGAUUUAUUCAAUAAAUGUAAUAGCAGAUUAGCUGGAGCUAGUGAUUCUUAAUAACUCCAAUUGUAAGAUGAGACUAUGGUUUAUGUAUUGGAAUAGUUGACUUUCUAUUACGGUUUAUUGAGGUUGAUUAUAGAGAACAACAGCAACAUUUAAAUUUUUACUAAAAAGGCUUAGAUAAGUAGAAUUCUAUAGGCCUCGCCAGAGCAAAUUACUAAAAGCAACUUGAUGAGUAUUAGAUAAUCAAUACAAGAAAUGAAAAUAUGA